UAACCUAUAAAAAAUGGCACUAUAAUAACAAUAGAAUUUGUUUAAAAUAAGCUUAAACAUGAGUGUAUUUAUUAAGCAUUACAAGCCUAACAACCUUGUGACUGUAUUUAACGCGAAAAUAUGGCGGUCGAGUUCCACUGCAGCCGAUGUAACCUUAAAAAAGGAUGAAGAAGAGGAAGAGUUUAGAGUUUUAGAUAUUAUGCGAAAAACGCAAAGACAACAGCGUAAAGUUGCCCGGAGAGUCGAUGUGCAGCCUGACAGAGGAGAUAGGAUGGCCACUGACCAGAACUGGGGUAACGUCUGGCCAGGUCCAAAAACCUUUCACCCAUCGUCAGUGCCUCUGCCGCUGCGUCAGGGCUACGUGCCAAAAGGAAUGGCUCCGCCGGGCAAAAAGGCUAACGCUGAACUCAUGAAGAUACCUAACUUCCUCCACCUUACUCCACCGGUCAUCAAAGCUCAAUGUGAAGCCAUCAAAAGCUUCUGCACCGAAUGGCCGAAACAACUGAACUCCGAAGAAGCCAUUGAAAAGCAUUAUCCUCAAGAGAUUAUAACUUCCGAUUACUGCCACGCCAGUCCGUCAAUCCGUAACCCGUUGGCUAGGAUAGUCACUCUAAGAAUAAAGCUGUCUUCGUUAAACUUGGACAAGCAUGCUCGUGACAAGUUCCUCCGACUAGUAGGAGACCGUUAUGAUGACAAGACAGAUUUAGUCACUAUCACUGCUGACCGAUGUCCGCUUCGCAAACAGAACUUGGAUUAUGUUAACUAUCUUUUAACGGCACUCUAUCACGAGUCAUGGAAUGUUGAAGAUUGGGAGAAAACUAAAACUGAAUCGGAUAUGGAAUAUUAUGAUUUUAACUUAAAUAAAUCUAAGAAGAAUUUGAUAAACUGGCAUUUAAGAUCAAAUAAUGAGGAGCUUAAUUUAUCUGAAGAUGAUUAUAACAAUUUUGAUGUUUCGAAGAUCCCAAAUGGUCCCGGAUAUGUUGAAGCGUUGUCAAAUUUGAUGAACGGGGGUGAAAGUGAUGCCACGUUGAAGCAAUAUGGGUCAUCGGUCCGGAAACUUUUGGGGCUGCCUGAGAAAGUGUAGAAUUUGUAUAAAUAAAUGGUAAUUUAGUGUU